GUAGAGAUUUAUUUAUCGUAUCGUCGUAUUCUGAAGUCUCCAAGUCGUUCGGCUCGGCGCACUGGGUAUAGCAGUAGCAGCACUGCCGCGGUUGAUUUUCGAGCUGCGGUGCUGGAGAAGUGAAGAGCUCAUGCUGUUCUCCCGUUCCCCGGCUGCCACAAAUCAGCCACUCGUCCCUUCCCGCCGGACGCUGCUCCUAUCGCCAUGCCCGCGAGCCGGCGCGACCCCGGCACCGGUGGCCGACGCUGCGCUCCUACCGGGCGGGCUGCGUGCGGAGUCGCUGCCGCGGCACGUGGCUGUGGUGAUGGACGGGAACUCGCGGUGGGCGCGCGCGCGCGGGCUGCCGUCCGCAGCCGGGCACGAGGCCGGGCGCCGCGCGCUGGAGGAGGUGGUGCGGCUCUCCCGCGCCUGGGGCGUCCGCACGCUCACCGCCUUCGCCUUCUCCCACGAGAACUGGAGCCGGCCCAAGGUGGAGGUGGAAUUCUUGAUGGGGCAGUUUGAGCGAGCGAUCCGCGAAAGCGUAGCUGAAUUUUUGAGCUUUUUGCUCUUUACAUUUUACAGAGAAGGAAUUCGGCUACGCGUAAUCGGCGACUCCUCAAGGCUGCCGGUUUCUCUUCAGAGGACCGCGAGAGAAGCCGAGGAGGCCACGCGGAACAACUCGCAGCUCGACCUGACACUGGCAAUCAGCUACAGCGGGCGGAGGGACAUAGUGCAGGCGUGCCGGACCCUAGCCCAGAAGGUGCGCGACAAGCUGCUCGAGCCGGAGGACAUCGACGAGUCGCUGUUCGCCGGUGAGCUCGAGACGAGCCACGCCAACGGCAACGAGCUCCCUUAUCCCGACCUGGUCAUCAGAACCAGCGGCGAACUGCGGCUGAGCAACUUCCUGCUGUGGCAGUCGGCGUACGCGGAGCUCUUCUUCACGGACACGCUGUGGCCCGACUUCGGAGAGGCCGAUUACCUCCAAGCGCUGGUCUCGUUCCAGAGCAGAGACAGGCGGUUCGGCGUAAGGAAAUUGUAGCGGCGCAGAGGCAGCGCCAUGUGGAAGGCGUGCUUCAAACUGUCAAUAGCAGGAAAGCGUCGGUCAAUAAAUCGUAACGCGAGACCAAGAUGAGUAGAUGGAGUAUUAAAGUGGUGGUUUGCAUGCAGCGGUGAGAGUGAGAGUAAUGUAGCAUAUCAACUCAAGAUGGUAGGUACUACAGCUAGAGUUCAAGCUCACAGACAGCAGUCGUCGUUGAUGAUGGUGGCUAGCAGCUAUCUGCCGAUGGCCACAGAUUUAUUGUUAAAAACCCUUUGCUAUUGCAAGAGUACGUCAAAUGCCCUUUAUUAAGUCGUGAUAAAAUAA